UGACAAAAUUAUUUAACACUCUCUCUCGACAGGUCAAUGAAGAACAAUCGAGAAAUUGCUUUAAUUCACACAUAAACAUGUCUCAGAGGCGGAACUACAGUGACGAUGAAGAAGAUGAAACCUUCUACUACCGUUACGCCACCACUGCAUCCACCGCCGCCUCACAACUAACCUCUUCCUCUGGCGCGAAACCCUCACGUGGCGGUGGAGGCAGCGGCGGCCUAGCCCCAUCAAAAUCGACAGUCUACGUCAGCAAUUUAGACUACAACCUUACAAACUCUGAUCUCUUCACAAUAUUCUCCACUUUCGGCAAAGUCGCGAAAGCCACCGUCCUCAAGGACCGCUCCACGCGCCAGAGCCGCGGAGUGGCCUUUAUCCUCUUCGUCUCGCGCGAUGAUGCGAUAAAGGCCGUUAAAGGAAUUGACAAAAAAGUCCUUAAUGGGAGGACACUGCGCGCCUCCAUUGCCACGGAUAAUGGCCGUGCUUCGGAGUUUAUUAGGAAGAAGGUAUACAAGGAUAAGAGUAGGUGUUAUGAGUGCGGUGAGGAGGGGCAUUUAUCGUAUGAGUGUCCGAGGAAUUUCUUGGGGGCGAGGGAACGUCCCGUGGCCAAGAAAGGGAGGGGUUCCGGUGGUGGAACUGGUGGGAGAAAUUAUGAAUGGGAUGAUGAAGGGGAGGAGGAUGUUUUUGAGGCGGAAAAUUGGGCUUCGGUAGUGGAUGGUGAAGGGGCGGAGGAGAGACUGUUGAGAAGUGAAAGAGAAACAGAGGAGAUAAAGAAGGAGAAGAGAGAGAAGAAGAAAGGAUAUUUUAGUGAUGAGAGUGAUGAGGAAGAGUGAAUAUUUUGGAAAUGAAAAAUGGAAUUUUGAGAAUUUUUCGUUUUCGUUUGGCUAAAAGACGUGAAGAUUUCUCCAGUUGAUUAUGAUGUUGAAGCGCAAGAGUACUGGCUUAUAAUGGUGUUAUUUUGAGGUACAUUGAUUUUAAUCUUCUAUGAUUUUCUUUAGUCUAGAUGGUUGGUGCUUGAUUAGCUGCAAGUAAAUAUCUAUUAUCAGGUUUUUAAUGUUAUGUGAUGGAUGAUCAAUUGACUAUCACAGUUGAUUAUAAUUUGAGCUAAUGUUGCGAAGUUGUAUCGAACGUAGUGGAGAUCUGGCCAACCCUAAAUUUAGUGGAAACAGGCUUAGUUUCUCGUAGUUAGAUUGUUUUGUUAACUUAAAAGCUUCUAAUAUUUUACAUUUGUUGGAUACUUUUCAUGUAACCUUGUCCAUGACACAAGAUGUUUGACUAACAGUCCCAUCUUAUUUUGAUGCUUUUCGUUAGAAUUGAACUAUUGAGCUGUAGUUCUUAUA